UACGAUACUGAUGAAUGUGCUUGUUACGUACUUCCCACCUAUACCCACAGAAGAAAACAACAAACAGAAAGCUGGGUUCGAUUGAGGUUUUUGUCAUCGAAAUUGCGUGCUUGAAUGAAAUUGCAAUUUUCAAGGUGUAUUAUUAGAAAAUGUUGGAAAUGCACCAGUAAAAGAUUGGUUACUUCCAUCGUUCCCUUUGUUCUGUAAAAUCCGCCAUAGCCAUUUUCUUCCCUGCUAUCCAUCAAAACCUUACUUAAGCUCUUUUUUUUUUUCAGCUCAUAGAAUUAGAGAAAAAAAUAGUUCAUUUGUACUGAAUUGAUCAUCAUUUCGCGAGAAUGGAUUGCAUCUACAAAGACCCAAAUGCUCCGAUUGAAGCUAGAGUCAAAGACUUGCUCUCCCGCAUGACCCUUCAUGAAAAGAUUGGUCAAAUGACCCAGAUCGAGCGCAGCGUCGCCACCCCUGAAGCCAUCAGAGAUCGUUGCAUUGGAAGUGUACUAAGUGGUGGAGGGAGCAAGCCAUUUGAUAAUGCUAACUCAGCUGAUUGGGCUGAUAUGGUUGAUGGGUUUCAGAAGGGAGCUCUGGAAAUGAGGCUCGGAAUCCCCAUUUUUUAUGGUUCUGAUGCGGUCCAUGGCAACAACAAUGUCUAUGGUGCUACUAUCUUUCCUCAUAAUAUUGGUCUUGGAGCUACUAGGGAUACUGAUUUACUGAAAAGGAUCGGUGCUGCCACAGCUCUCGAAGUCAGGGCUAGCGGUGUUCAAUAUGCCUUUGCUCCCUGCGUUGCUGUCGCUAGAGACCCAAGGUGGGGAAGAUACUAUGAAAGUUACAGCGAAGACACUGAAGUUGUUAGAAAGAUGUCCUGCCUUGUCUCAGCCCUGCAGGGAGAGCCACCUGCCGGACACCCAAGUGGCUAUCCUUUUCUUGCUGGAAGAAACAAUGUUAUGGCUAGUGCCAAGCAUUUUGUUGGUGAUGGAGGAACCGAUAAAGGCAUUAAUGAGGGGAAUACGAUCAUAGAGUAUGAGGAUUUGGAAAGAAUCCACAUGGCACCAUAUAUAGAUUGCUUAGCUCAGGGAGUUUGUACUGUUAUGGCUUCUUACAACAGCUGGAACGGAAAGAGGCUCCACACUGACCAUUUUCUUCUGACAAAAGUCUUGAAGGAGAAGCUUGGCUUUAAGGGCAUAGUCAUUUCAGAUUGGGAAGCGCUUGACCGGCUUUACAGUCCUCAUGGAUCUAACUAUCGUCAAAGUAUAUUAUCUACAGUCAAUGCAGGAAUUGACAUGGUAAUGGUGCCUUUUAGAUAUGAAUUGUUUUUGGACGAACUUCUGUCUCUGGUUGAGUCUGGGGAAAUACCAAUGGAAAGGAUUGAUGAUGCUGUUGAAAGGAUCCUCAGAGUGAAAUUUGUCGCUGGACUCUUUGAAUAUCCGUUUGCCGAUAGAUCUUUACUUGACAUUGUUGGCUGCAAGAAGCAUCGAGAAUUAGCCCGGGAAGCUGUUCGGAAAUCCUUAGUUCUGUUGAAGAAUGGAAAGGAUCCAAAGAAACCUUUUCUUCCAUUAGAUAGAAAUGCAGACAAAGUUCUGAUUGCAGGAGUACAUGCUGAUGAUCUUGGAUAUCAGUGUGGAGGCUGGACUUGCACUUGGACUGGCACCAGUGGCAGAAUCACAAUAGGUACAACCAUUUUGGAUGCAUUAAAAGAAGUGGUGGGACCCAACACCGAAUUGGUGUAUGAGAAAAAUCCUUCAGCAGAAACCUUUGCUCAUCAAAAUUUCUCUUAUGCCAUUGUAGCAGUGGGUGAAAGUCCAUAUGUUGAAAGUGGAGGUGAUGACCCAGUGCUAAAAAUCCCUUUCAAUGGAGAUGAGUUAAUGAGCUUAGUUGCUGAAAGAGUUCCUACGGUAGCAAUCCUGAUCUCUGGGCGGCCCAUGGUUCUAGAACCUUCAGUUUUGGAAAAGGUAGAAGCAUUUGUAGCUGCUUGGUUGCCUGGCAGUGAAGGAAGAGGAAUAACCGAUGUCCUGUUCGGGGAUCAUGCAUUUCAAGGACGACUUCCUGUAACAUGGUUUAAGAGCGUUGAUCAAUUGCCAAUGCAUUUUGAAGCAAAUAACUGUGACCCUUUAUUUCCUUUAGGCUAUGGAUUAACAACUAAAGCCAAUGACAAAGAAGAAGUCAACCAAAACUGAGAUUAGCAGUUGAUCUGGGACAAAGUUCUUUGAAGCCAAUGAGAAACAAGAUAUCCAUCAGGUCAUAACUUCUAUAGACCUUGUAAGUUUGAACUUUUACUUUUGCUUCCUCUUCUGAAAACAUACAAUCUGAGGAAGGUGAUUUGAUGUAUUUGUUUAUUCUCCUUUUUCCAUCUGCAAUAGUAAUUCUAGACAAGCCAUGAGCCUAAUCAUAUUCUUGUCCACGGUGGAUUCUGUAUUAUUACGACAAAAUGCUAAAACAUUAUUGUUUUUGGAGGAUACAAUACAAAGACAAUGAAUCUUCUGCUUUCCGUCG